UGCACGCGUGCAACAGUGCUCUCGUGCCGCGAAAAAUGUCGAAGCGCCGCGCCGCCAUCCGGCGAUGAAGACGCGAUGGUGCGUCGCGACGCCCCCACGUGAAGCCCGAAGCGAGCACAGCGAGCCGGAGGAGCGCCGAUCUGAGCCUACAAGUUCACGUUCGUAAAAAUGUUCCUCUACUAGACUGAAGACACUCCAGCCCGAAAAAGAGGCACAGAUCCCGGAUACACGGACGAGACGAGAGGGAUUAAGCAGCUGCACUUUGGGAAUGAAACGACAAAAACUUAACCAGUAGAAAAGAAAGGUGCAUGGGGGGCGAUGGGUGUCGGUGCGACUGAGGGGGGGCUUCGUAGGCGAAUGCCGCUACGACGUGCCGGUGGUGGUGUGGCAACGGGCGCCUCUGGGCUGGGUGGCAGGGCCAUGCGCUACUACCGCCUCUGGAUCUACACCUGCAACACCGCACUUCUGGCCGGCGCUCUAGCCUUCUGCGGGGCCGCCGCCAGAACGGUCCUGUUCGACUUCAGGAGGUCGCUGGUGCCGUCGCUGACCUUGUACCAGCCCUCCUUCCUCUACGCCUACCUGGCGCUGGCCACGCAAGGCGGCGCCCUCCAGCUGCUCGGGUGCGUGGCCGCGCUGCGCCUCUCCGAGAAGCUGCUCAACGCCUACUGGAUGCUGCUGCUCGUGCUGCUGUUCGGCGACGUCGUCCUCGGCGCCUUCUGGGCCUUCAAGUUCCCGCGCAUCUGCCAGGAGCUCAGGCCCGAGCUGCGAAGAAUGUACGGGUUCCAGGACGAGUACGGCGGCGGCGGCGAGAUGACCGCCAUGUGGGACCGCCUGCAGGAGGAGGACUCGUGCUGCGGCGUGAGCGGCCCCGCCGAGUUCAACAACAGCCGCUGGGAGAUCCCGGCCAGCUGCUGCCUGGAGCCGCCGGUGGCCAACGGCACCAAGUGCGCCAGGACGCACGCGUCGGGCUGCGACGAGCGCCUGCUCGCCUACCUCAAGGCGACGGCGUCGGUGCUCGCCAUCCUCGGCUACUGCGUGCUCGCCUUCCUCAAGCUGUGCUUCCUCGGGAUUCUGCGCUACGAGAUCCGGGAGAUGAUCCAGAAGAUCCGCAUUCUGAGGACGGAGAUGGAGCUGACCAACGCCAACGGCGCCGUGCCGGGGGCCAUCCGCGCCGAGAGCGCCGAGAGCGAGCGCGAGAGCCUGCUGGUGCGGCCGGAGAGCGCCGCGCUGCUGUCGUCGCCGCCGACCCAGACGAAGAACCCCAACGGGAACAACAACUACGAGAUGCGGGAGUACAGGAGCCACGAGAACAUUUGACUAAAGUAUCGCCUGGAGGGCCUGUUCAACCGCGGCCGCUGGGGCCGCGUGAAGAAGGGUCCUCUGGCCACGCCCCUGGAGGAGA